CGGAAAUCCUCUUCCCUUACCACCUAAUCAGACCAACAAACCCAACAAGUGGUCAAGAAUCCGAAUCCCCAAUGGAUUUUGCGCUGGUGCGGAGAAUCCAAUCUGCGCGAGAAGAAGGGGUCGCGGGGAAGAUCGCAACAGCGCUGCGGCACCUUGAUAUGACUGUACGGCGGCGGCAUGGCGGCAAUGGGGGCUUUGCAAAGAGGAGGGUUUCGCUGCUGCUGCUGCUCGGCAAGUCGGUAAAUAAAAUUCAAGGGUCAUGGAGCCCAAAGAAGGACGAGGCGUUGCAGCGGCAAGUGCGAAGCACGGGGGCAUGUGACUGGUCGCUCAUCAGCAAGUCCAUCCCGGGGAGGUCCGGCAAGUCGUGGCACAUCCGGUGGUGCAACCAGCUGUCACCAUGGGUAGAGCACCACCCCUUCACGCCCGAGGAGGAUGACACCAUCCUCCACACCCACGCCUGCUUCGCAAACAAGUGGGCCACCAUCGUCAAGCUCCUCGUCGUCUGCACCAACAAUGCCAUCAAGAACCACCGGAACUCCACCCUCAAGUGCUAGUACCACACCUCGUCCGAUGCACUCCUCGCACCGCUAGACAACAAUUCCGUCAAUGACGACGACUUGCUUCUGGGCCGCCCGCUCAAGCAAACAAGCAGCGACGACCACC